GGAGCAAAAGCCGCCUCAAAGCGUGCGCGCAAGGACAAAGAUGACAAGGGAGUGGCCAAGUCGCAACUGAAGGUCAAUGAGCAGGCCAAGGACAUCCAGUGCGACAUCUGCAAAUCGACGUUCCUGAAGACGACUCGCGCGCCUGCACUUACGGAACACGCUACGAAUAAGCAUAGCAAGACAAUCGAGGACUGCUUCCCGAAUUUUGUGGUGCAGCCUGCGAAAUAG